GGGGAGACCAGCUAUAGUGAAUGUGGGUCCGGGAGAGAGCAGAUAUAGAGACAGCAGGGUCCGGGGGAGAGCGGAUGAUAUAGUGAAAGCGGGGUCCGGGUGAGGAGCGGACGGAUUUAGUGAAUGCAGGGUCCGGAGAGAGCCAGAUAUAGUGAAUGCAGGGUCGGGGAGAGAGCAGGUAUAGUGAAUGCAGGGUCCCGGGGAGAGCAAAUAUAGUGAAUACCGGUUCCGGGGAGAGCAGAUAUAGUGAAUGCAGGGUACGGGAAGAGGGAUAUAGUGAAUGCAGGGCCCGGGGAGAGGGAUAUAGUGAAUGCGGGUCCGGGGAGAGCGGAUAUAGUGAAUGCAGGGUCCGGGGAGACCCAGUUAUAGUGAAUGCGGGGUCCGGGGAGAGGGGACAUAGUGAUGCGGGGUCCGGGGAGAGCGGAUAUAGUGAAUGCGGGGUCCGGGGAGAGCGGAUAUAGUGAAUGGGGGGGUCCGGGGAGAGCGGGAUAUAGUGAAUGCGGGGCCCGGGGAGAGGGAUAUAGUGAAUG